AUGGAUAAUGAUUUGGGAGAUCCGUAUGCUGACCCCAAUUUCUCCCGCGAGCCAGUCGUUAAGGACGUUGAAUUCCUCACUGUUGAGGGUGGUUGGGGCGGUCAGCUCAUUGCCGCAAGCUUGAUUAAGACGGGUGUUUUCGACCUUCUCAUCGUCGAGAAAGUUGGCGACUUUGGCGGCAUAUGGUACUGGAAUCGUUACCCAGGUGCAGUUUGUGAUAUAGAGGCAUACAUUUAUAUGCCGCUGCUGGAGGAAUUGGGUUAUAUUCCAACAAAAAAGUACGCAAGGAGCCACGACCUCUAUGACAAGUCUCUUUUCCAGACUGAAGUCCUCGCGCUGGAUUGGGAUCAAAGCAGUCAGCAAUGGUCUGCAACAACACACCGCAACGACCGGAUCUGUGCUAAAUUUGUCGCAACUGCCAGCGGCCUGCUACAUAAUCCAAAAUUGUCGGGUAUUCCAGGGAUCGGCGCGUUCAAAGGACACAGUUUUCAUACAACUCGGUGGGAUUACAGCUAUACUGGCGGCGACACGGCUGGUGGACUUGAUAGAAUCAGCGAUAAAGGCAUCGGGAUCAUCGGAACAGGAGUGACAUCGAUCCAAGCAAUCCCGCACCUUGCAGAAGGGGCAAAGCAUCCCUAUGUAUUUCAACGGACACCAUCUUCAAUUGAUAUUCGGAAAGAUGGGCCAAUAGACUGGGAUGAGGACCUGAUCAACGACAACUUGACUGACAUCCUUCACAACCUUGCCAUCUUUGGUGGCCCAAGCCAAGGGACCGCAGCCGCUCAAAAUCAGAACAAGCUGCACCUAGCAGAUUUCCACAAAAUUAACCCGAUUCGCGCUCGCGUCGACGGUCCCAAUUUCAAGUUUCCAUCAAGUCCUACUUAUAAUGAGUCAGAUUUUCUCAGAUAUUAG